UGCAUGACCUGGAGGAACUUGACGAUGACCUUGGAGGAAGGGCGGAUCAAGACUUGGCGCUUGCCGGCCUUCUCGGCGUUGUUGAUGCUGUUGAGGGCAUCGUGGAGGACGGAAGUGCGGACCAUUUUGGCGGUGUUGAGGAGACGGAGAUUCUCAAAUCGGAGAUGUGGAAAUGAGGUAUCUGCCAGAGGUUCGAGGUUUGUGUUAGCCUUUCGGUCGAGGCUCGACUGGGUGGAAGAGUGCCCUCGUUGAUGAUUCUUCAAGAGGGUUCUGCCCGCCAGCUGCUGACGAGGAGGAGCGUAUCAUGUCGUCGACCCGCGUUUUGCCAACACGGGCCUCCAUGAUUGCCCUCCUCAGCCUGUGCGAAAGGCGUCGUCCUGCUGUUGAGUCAUGUCCCGAGAGCGGGAUGAAUAUACAUACCUCGUUGGUGAUUGACGGAUAGUGGUCGCGGAGAAGGUCGGUGGGCGGGCGUCGACUUUUCAACAAGGCCUGGCAGAAGCAACAACCCCAGAGAAAUUUGUCGUCGCCUAGCUUGUGGGUCGUGGUGGUGGCCCGUGCUCCUCGAAACUUUGCCCUAAUGCCUACUGCAGCAACAUUUCGCCAAUCCCCUUCUGGCAGAGCGCCCCGCUUUCGCGAAGCACACACCAAAAUUUUGAUGGAUCCAGCCAAUUGGGUGGGGCGCUCGGGGCUCGCACAUUAUUCUCGAAUUUCUGUCCACCGGCCUGUUCUAGCUCCCCUCCCUCCUGAUACCUACACACGAAUAAAAGGAUCAUUACCAAUUUACUCUUCGAGGAUCGCACCGGCACUUUACUUGGAAAGUAAAUCAUCAAGAUGUCGGACGUAGAAGAGACUCAGCAGGUUGCCGACGUCGAGGUCGAGGUUUCGGCCGAGGCCAGCAAGGGCCAGAUGUCUGUCCUUGACGCUCUCAAGGGUGUUCUCAAGCUCUCCCUCAUGCACGACGGUCUCGCCCGCGGUCUCCGUGAGGCUUCCAAGGCCCUCGACCGCCGCCAGGCCCACAUGUGCGUCCUCAACGAGUCCUGCGAGGAGGAGGCCUACAAGAAGCUCGUCAUUGCCCUCUGCUCCGAGCACAAGAUCCCUCUGAUCAAGGUUCCCGAUGGAAAGCAAUUGGGCGAGUGGGCUGGUCUCUGCGUCCUCGACCGUGAGGGUAACGCCCGCAAGGUUGUCAACUGCUCUUGCGUCGUCGUCAAGGACUGGGGUGAGGAGUCGCAGGAGCGCUCCAUCCUCCUCGACUACUUCCAGUCUGAGGCUUAAAUUUCUUGACACCACCGCCGCUUAGGGGAGUGGGGGGAGGUAGCUUUUAGUCGUUCUUCACUGCAACGAUUGAACUGGAAGAGAGAAAGGGGGUUUUCAUACCUGGGACGGGUUUUUUCGGCGUAUCAAAACGAAUUCGGCAUUAGACUCGGAACACCUCUUUCACAGCCACGACCGUGGAUGGGGGCAAGGGCAACAAAUCUCUGGGCGCAUUUAUGGUCACAAACGGAUGGACACGACAAAUUGGGGAAAUUCGGGCAAGCUACCUCCUUUUUCUUCCCUCAGAAUGAGGACGAGACAAAAAUCAAGACAGUCAAAAAAUUCAAAAGCCUUUUGAUCUGGGAC